UAUAAAAGGCCUGUGGCAGAUGCUGAAAUACACACUCCCGAAACCUACAGCUUAAUCUUCCUCUGAACACUCCACUCCUGACACCAUGUGCUACUACGGAGGAUAUUAUGGAGGCCUGGGCUAUGGCUAUGGUGGCCUAGGCUGUGGCUGUGGCUGUGGCUAUGGUGGCUAUGGUUAUGGCUGCUGCCGCCCACUGUGCUGUGGAAGAUACUGGUCUUAUGGCUUCUACUGAGGACAUUGUGCAGAUACCCAGGCUUUCUAACCAGAAGCGCUUCCAAGUGUUUUCAGACCAGGAACU